AUGACCGGCACCCCAGGUCCUGGCGACACUUGCUACGACGACGCUCGACCGCACCAACAGCCAGCUAAAUCGUCUGUGAGUUCAAACCGUAGUGGCGCCCUGACCAUUCUAUGGCAUGUUGGCCACAAAAACCGAUUAGUUUUGUGCUAUUCUGCUACGACACGCGCUCAGAAGAAAGCCGACUCACACCUGGGCGGCUCAGACGACGAUUCGCUCACAGUAGCGGAACUGACGAACGCCGCGCAGAAGUGA